AUGGUGUCGCUGAAGCUACAGAAGCGGCUCGCCGCCAGUGUGAUGAAGUGCGGCAAGGGCAAGGUCUGGCUUGACCCCAAUGAAGCCAACGAAAUCUCCAUGGCUAACUCUCGGCAAAAUAUCAGGAAGCUUGUCAAGGAUGGGUUCAUCAUCAGGAAGCCCACCAAGAUUCACUCACGAUCCCGUGCCCGCAGAAUGAAGGAGGCCAAGAGAAAGGGGCGUCACUCUGGAUAUGGUAAGCGCAAAGGUACCAGAGAGGCUAGGCUGCCCACUAAGGUUCUUUGGAUGAGGAGAAUGAGAGUUCUUAGGCGCCUGCUCCGCAAGUACAGGGAGGCCAAGAAGAUUGACAAGCACAUGUACCAUGACAUGUACAUGAAGGUGAAGGGUAAUGUUUUCAAGAAUAAGCGUGUUUUGAUGGAGAGCAUCCACAAAUCCAAGGCUGAGAAGGCUAGGGAGAAGACUUUGUCCGACCAGUUUGAGGCUAAGAGGGCAAAGAACAAGGCCAGCAGGGAAAGGAAGAUUGCGAGGAGAGAGGAGCGUCUAGCGCAGGGACCGGGAGAGAAAGCAGCAGCAGCAGCUGCAGCUCCUGCGCCCACAUCUCAACCAGCUCAGGGUACUAAGAAGUCUAAGAAGUGA